AUGUCCACUCGCUACCACCAAGCUGCUAGUGAUAGCUACCUGGAACUUCUGAAGGAGGCUACCAAGCGAGAUCUGAAUCUUUCUGAUGAAGAUGGAAUGACUCCCACUCUCCUGGCAGCCUACCACGGGAACUUGGAAGCCUUAGAAAUAAUCUGCAGCAGAGGAGGGGACCCCGAUAAAUGUGACAUCUGGGGAAAUACUCCUCUACAUUACGCAGCGUCCAAUGGCUAUGCCCACUGUGUCUCAUUCCUGAUCAACUUUGGUGCCAACAUCUUUGCCCUGGAUAAUGACUUACAGUCUCCAUUGGAUGCUGCUGCCAGCMGGGAUCAGAAUGAAUGUGUUGCUCUCCUGGAUAAGGCUGCCACUGCCCAGAACACCAUGAACCCCAAGAAGGUCUCCAGGCUGAAGGAGCAGGCUCAGAAAAAUGCCAAGAGGCAGAUCAAAGAGUGUGAAAGGCUCCAGGAGAAACACCAAAAUAAGAUGGCCCGCACCUACAACAAGGAGGAAUCAGGGACUCUUUCUUCUUCCAAGGGUACCUUCUCCAGGUCAUCCAUCUCAAGUGCUUCAGCUUCCAGUACAUUUGGGUCCUUGUCUAAGGGCAUUAAAGAUACCUUCAAGAUGAAGUUCAAGAAGAACAAAGACACAGCAGAGCCCAYAGGGAAGGAGGGUAGAAGUGGGCAGAGGAACGUGAUGGAAGUGUUCAGAGAAGAGGACGAAGAUUCAUUUUCCGGGGGCUUCAAAGAGAAGCUCCAGUUCCCAGCAGAGGAGGACGAUGAUGAGCAACAUGAAUCCAUUCUCAACCGUCCAGGUCUAGGGAAUAUUGUUUUUCAAAAGAACAGAGUAUGGAGCCCCGAAGACAUCUCAAACAGCAAGAGGGAGUCGGAAUUUCAAAUGCCCAGUGACUUGCUCCAAAGAGCAGCCGAGGCUGAUGAAGCUGAGGCRGGUGAAGAGGGAGAAGCGGGUGAAAAUGGCCUUGGGUCACCUGAGCUGCCUUGGGAUGAGGAUGAAGUAGAGUGGGAGGAAGAAGCAGUGGAUGCGACUCCCCUAGAAGUGUUCUUGCAGUCCCACCACCUGGGAGAGUUCCUUCCCAUUUUCACGAGAGAGCAGAUUGAUCUAGAAGCUCUGAUGCUUUGCUCYGACGAGGACCUUCAGAACAUACAAAUGCAGCUGGGUCCUAGGAAGAAAGUUCUUAAUGCCAUAAACAGAAGGAUGCAGGUGGUCCAACAACCUGGCCCGCUGGUGGACACCAGCCUCUGA